UUCGCAAGCCAGCAAUUCUCUGCCGCCUUGCUGAACGUUAAUAUGAAGAAAUCACAGCCAAGACAAGCCUCCAGCACGCUUGUUUUCCUCACUGUAAUCUGUCUUGUAGGAUUCAUUCAUGUUGAGGUUGAACUUCACGUUCAUCGAAAAAUGCUUCAAGAAUUAAAUCAACUAAAGGAAGAAAACCUCCAGAUACGAAACAAGGGAAGUGACGAAGAUAUGUCUUCCUUGGAACAUACCUCAGAUAAAGAUCUAGAGUUUCACGUACGUCACAAGCGUCGGGUGCAAACCCUCAAAAACAAAAGAAAUGUUAGCGACAGCAUCGAUCGCGAUGUCAUCCAAAGGGAAGUGCGACUUGCUUUGAGCGACAUAACCUGUAAAGUACAUUGCCCCAAAAGCACUAGGGGAAAACGAGGAAGACCGGGCCUCAAAGGCCCUCCAGGAAAACACGGACCACCCGGACCACAGGGGAUUAAGGGCCCUAAGGGAAACCAAGGCCCCCCGGGUACCCAGGGACCUCCAGGACCUAUAGGACCCCCCGGAGUUAAGGGAAACCCUGGCAAAUCCACCUCAACUCCUUCGAUCGUGGUACUUCCAAAGUCUCAGGUGGUAAACGCAAGUGGAACAGCCUCGUUUCAAUGCCUGGCUGCUGGAAAUCCAGAGCCAGAGGUGACAUGGUUAAAGCAGAACUCAACUCUUCCCACGGAUAAGCGUAUUGUGGCAUCACGUGGAAGUCUGGUGAUCACGAGUGUUACGUCAGGGGAUGACGGAAUGUACACUUGUGUUGCAAAAAACAUCUUGGGAAUGAUGAAUGCUACAGCUGCGUUGUCUAUUCAAGUUGGUGCCAACAUUAUUCGGAAACCUUCGUCUGUACUUGUUGAAGAAAACCAAAACGUGACCCUGGUCUGCCAAGCCAGCGGUCAGCCGACUCCAACGGUCACAUGGCAGAAAGCCUUGAGCCAACUACCGAGGAAAAAGACGACAGUGGUCAAUGGAACCCUGACUAUUUCUAAUAUAGAAAAAGCAGACGGGGGAGCUUACGCAUGCGUAGCAACGAAUCUACUCGGAGAAGACUCAGCUGUCGCCCAAGUGACAGUUCUUGACACACUCAAAUUUAGAAUAACCCCUCCACAAAAAGUGAAUGUAUCAGCCUCCAGCAAAGUAGUUUUACACUGUGCAGCACAAGGUGCACUAAAUAUAUUUUGGAAAAAGUCGGGUCAAGCACUUCCUCAAAAUCAUGUUCUGUAUCCAAAUGGAACUUUGCUGCUUACGAAAGUUUCUCCAAAUGAGGCUGGGAGUUACUCAUGUGAAGCUAAAAAUUUUCAGCGGUCUAUCGAGGCAACAUCAGUCGUCGAAGUUUUUAAGCCCGGGCCCAAGUCCGGCUGCAGCAGAAUAAAAGCAGAGAAGCCUGGUGCCCCGUCAGGUAAUUACAUCAUUGACCCUGAUGGCAAAGGAGGCGUGACACCCUUCAGUGUGUACUGUGACAUGAGUGACAAGGGUGGAGUUGGCGUGACUGUCAUCAGUCACGACAGUGAGAGUAGAACUCACGUCGGAAAUACAAAUGGAUGUGAAUCCCCAGGAUGUUACAGGAAAGAUGUACGAUAUACUGGAGUCAGCACCGCUCAGCUAGCAGCGCUCACUCAAGUCUCAAAGAACUGUGAACAGUUUAUCAAGUACGAAUGUAAAAAUGACGUAGCGUCGGUUUCGGAUGGUUAUGCUUGGUGGGUGUCACGUAAUGGAACACGGAUGAAUUACUGGGGCGGAGCAAGAGGUCAUUAUAGAAUGUGCGCAUGCGGAGUGACAAACUCUUGCACCACUAGUAAAAGGUGCAACUGCGAUGGUAAUUGGUUUUUGUUUAAUAAGGCCGGCUGGAGAGAGGAUAGUGGCCUUUUGACAGACAAGUCUGUCCUGCCCGUCUCACAAAUUAGACUUGGUGACUUGGGGGACUGGCCACGAGAAGAAGGAUAUCACACACUAGGAAAGCUCAAGUGUAACGGAGAAGCAUAAGAGCC